AUGAGCAGCCCACGUAGGAGAAUCGAGACUGAUGUGAGUCAUGAAGUACUCCCCCCAACAUCCCCGAAGCCAGGUCCGCUCAUGAGCGAUUAUGAGGUGACUCUAGUCAAUGAUAAUAGUAGGGACUUGCUGUUUCUUCAUCUUGCUAGCAUAUCCAUCCCCUCGCCCAUGCGACCCUGCGCCCUAACCGAUACAUCUCGAUUGAACAGGCAAGAGUUUUUCGUGCGAUUCAAAGGCCCGGCAGAGAGUUGGUUCCCCCAGGAUGCCGAUAAGGCGGGCUUUCGUCGUCGAGAAUCCGCUAACUCUUCGCCUACAGCGCCCUUUGAAGGUGGCCUCUGGAAGGUGCACGUCGAGCUGCCGGACACAUAUCCGUACAAAUCCCCGAGCAUCGGAUUUGUCAAUAGGAUUUUCCACCCGAAUAUAGACGAGCUGUCCGGAUCGGUGUGCUUGGACGUCAUCAACCAGACGUGGUCUCCCAUGUUCGAUAUGAUCAACAUCUUCGAGGUCUUUCUACCGCAACUCCUACGAUACCCCAACCCCACCGACCCUCUCAACGGAGAGGCAGCCGCGCUGCUUAUAAGAGAGCCCAAGAACUACGAAAUCAAGGUCAAAGAAUAUGUCCAGAAGUAUGCGAAUAAAGACGCUGCCGACGACGCCGGAGCCGAGAGCGAAGACGACGACGACCUGUCCUCCGUAGCGAGCUUCGACGACGAAGACGAGGAGCCCGCCGGCCAAAUGGACGACGUAUAA